AUGAAGACCAGACUAGGCUGCCUGUCCAACAAAUCUGACUCCUACAGCGACUUCUCUGAGUUCCUGCCUCCUGCCCACGAAACCACUGCCAGGUGUCUGAAGCUAUCAACGGAUGAGGUCGUGCGAUGGUCAGAGUCCUUCGAUAAUCUUCUGUCUCACAAAUAUGGCCUGGCUGCCUUCCGGACAUUUCUCAAGACCGAGUUCAGCGACGAGAAUAUCGAGUUUUGGAUGGCCUGUGAGGAGUACAAAAAAAUCAAGAGCUCAACCAAGCUUGUGUCAAAAGCAAACAAGAUCUUUAAGGAGUUCAUUGAUAUCCAGGCACCACGAGAGGUCAACAUUGACUAUCGCACCAGGGAAAAGACCAAGCAGAGCCUGGAAGAUCCGUCCCCAACCAGCCUCAACGAAGUCCAAGCUAAAGUCUACAGCCUCAUGGAGAAAGACUCCUACCCACGAUUCCUCAGGUCCAAGAUGUACCAGGAUAUGGUCAACAGGGUGCACGCACAAGGCCAGCGAAGGUCUGUUUGA